UCUUACUGAACAUCCGCGUGCGCGCGUUCUUUUCAUUGCUCCCAAUCCCAAACUCCCAAUCAGCAUUCAGCAAGCAGAAUCACACAUCGCUCACAAUUUUGUUGAUGUAACAUGUUUAGCACGUUUCGUUGCUUUCUAUUAUGAUAUUUUUUUAAUAAUUAUUUAUUUCCAACUACAAGUGAACCUUUUAUUCAUCACAAUGGCUACAAUUCUGGAUAAAAUUGCUGCCAUCGAGUCCGAGAUGGCUCGGACGCAGAAAAACAAGGCAACAGCCGGGCAUCUGGGUCUGUUGAAAGCCAGGUUGGCUAAACUGCGGCGAGAAUUGAUUACGCCGAAAGGUGGUGGUGGAGGCACGGGAGAGGGUUUCGAUGUUGCCAAAACUGGUGACGCCAGAAUUGGAUUUGUAGGAUUUCCAUCGGUCGGGAAGUCGACGUUGUUGAGCACGUUGGCUGGUGUGUACUCUGAAGUGGCUGCCUAUGAGUUCACCACACUCACCACUGUGCCAGGCUGCAUCAAGUACAAAGGAGCCAAAAUACAGUUGCUGGACCUGCCGGGUAUCAUAGAGGGCGCUAAGGACGGCAAAGGUCGCGGUCGCCAGGUGAUAGCGGUGGCUCGCACCUGUUCGCUCAUCUUCAUCGUGCUCGACGUGCUCAAGCCGCUGCAGCACAAGAAGCUCAUCGAGCACGAACUCGAGGGCUUCGGCCUCAGGCUCAACAAGGCCCCGCCCAACAUUGUCUUCAGGCGCAAGGAGAAGGGAGGCAUAAACCUGCAGACAAUGGUGCAGCAGAGCGAACUGGACCUGGACAUGGUGAAGUCGAUUCUGUCCGAGUACCGCAUCCACAACGCCGACAUCACGUUGCGUUACGACGCCACCAGCGACGACCUUAUCGACGUCGUCGAGGGCAACCGCAUCUACGUACCUUGCAUCUACCUACUCAAUAAAAUCGAUCAAAUCAGCAUUGAAGAAUUAGACAUUAUUUAUAAGAUUCCACACUGUGUGCCUAUAUCCGCUCACCACAGGUGGAAUUUUGAUGAUUUACUAGAGAAAAUGUGGGACUAUUUAAAACUUGUUCGAAUUUAUACGAAGCCGAAAGGUCAGUUGCCAGAUUAUGAAUCACCGGUAGUUUUGCACUGUGAAAGAAAAUCCGUCGAAGAUUUCUGCAAUAAGCUUCAUAGAUCUAUUGCAAAAGAAUUCAAAUAUGGCUUGGUAUGGGGAUCGUCAGUGAAACAUCAGCCUCAAAAAGUGGGCAAAGAUCAUGUACUCAAUGAUGAGGAUGUAGUUCAAAUUGUCAAAAAAGUUUGAAAUAAAGCCGAAAUUGACAAACUAAUGAUUACUAAUUUCUACCUAUGAACCGACAAUAAUCUGUACGAAGGACUCUUCUUGAUCAGAUGGUAAAUAAAUGAUUCUUAUUUAUUUUUAAAAUUAGAAA